AUGAAGGGUUGUACAUCGGAAACCAACACGCGCUCAGCAGGCAUGAAGGGUUGUACAUUGGAUACCAACACGUGCUCACAGGGCAUGAAGGGUUGUACAUUGGAUACCAACACGCGCUCACAGGGCAUGAAGGGUUGUACAUUGGAUACCAACACGCGCUCACAGGGCAUGAAGGGUUGUACAUCGGAUACCAACACGUGCUCACAGGGCAUGAAGGGUUGUACAUUGGAUACCAACACGCGCUCACAGGGCAUGAAGGGUUGUACAUUGGAUACCAACACGCGCUCACAGGGCAUGAAGGGUUGUACAUUGGAUACCAACACGCGCUCAGCAGGCAUGAAGGGUUGUACAUUGGAUACCAACACGCGCUCACAGGGCAUGAAGGGUUGUGCAUCGGAUACCAACACGCGCUCACCAGGCAUGAAGGGUUGUACAUCGGAUACCAACACGUGCUCAGAGGGCAUGAAGGGUUGUACAUCGGAUACCAACACGCGCUCACCAGGCAUGAAGGGUUGUACAUCGGAUACCAACACGCGCUCACAGGGCAUGAAGGGUUGUACAUCGGAUACCAACACGUGCUCACAGGGCAUGAAGGGUUGUACAUCGGAUACCAACACGCGCUCACAGGGCAUGAAGGGUUGUACAUCGGAUACCAACACGCGCUCACAGGGCAUGAAGGGUUGUACAUCGGAUACCAACACGCGCUCACAGGGCAUGAAGGGUUGUACAUCGGAUACCAACACGCGCUCACAGGGCAUGAAGGGUUGUACAUCGGAUACCAACACGCGCUCACAGGGCAUGAAGGGUUGUACAUCGGAUACCAACACGCGCUCACCAGGCAUGAAGGGUUGUACAUCGGAUACCAACACGCGCUCACAGGGCAUGAAGGGUUGUACAUCGGAUACCAACACGUGCUCACAGGGCAUGAAGGGUUGUACAUCGGAUACCAACACGUGCUCACAGGGCAUGAAGGGUUGUACGUUGGAUACCAACACGCGCUCACAGGGCAUGUAG